AUGCGUGCCAUGGUUUAUCCCAUGCACCAUAUUUAUGACGGAGGUAAACUCCUUGGCGGUGUAGCUGAUGAAGCCACUCUCGAAUUCCCGCCACUAAGGGCGAAUUGGAGACAUUCCGUGCAGAUCCGGCUACUAGCUACAUCUCAGGUCAUGUUCUACAUUUCAAUGGUUCAAAGAUCCAUUUCCAUCCUUGAGUAUAGACAAUUUACAGUAGGAUGUAUAUUACCAACAACAUGUGUUUGUGUCUGGUGUCUGGUGCCUGUUGGGCCUUGCUCUCGCUUCUCCAAGCUGAAGUCUCAUUGCAGUAGUCUAUCGAACAAUCAGUCAAUGAAGCCUCGCUUUGACCAAAGCCCCCUUGGUUCAGACGGCAGGAAACAGGGUUACACAACAUGGCAGUACAAUUGCACGACCACGCGCAGCACGGUCGUAAUUGGCCUAAUCCGGAGUGAUUCGGCGCAUCGAUAUACCACUAAGUACUUAUACCUAUAUUUCCUACGCGAAAGUACCAAGAGCGCUCCGAUCAAAGCGAGGCCCAGAGACUAG